AUGGUCGAUCAAGGCUACGAUCCAUUGUCUCGUGAUCACCACUAUUUGUUCAUGUGUUUACUCAUGACAUCUAGUGAUCUUUCUGAUCAGUCAAAAGAUUUCCGUAACUCCAAAGCUAUAGCGGAGAACAUCUACAAGGAAUUCUUUUCACAAGGCGAUCUUGAGAAGCAGAUGGGU